AUGAGCUGUGUCAUGUCCAGCUCCUCCACCCUGACUCCCUCCGCCGCCGCCGCCGUCAAGCCUCAGACCGUCUCACCCAGGUGCGUCAAAUCGGAGACCUUCCUCGCCGGAGGCCGUCGCUGGUACGUCGAGUUCUACCCCGACGGCCACGGCCCGCGGGACGCUGGCUGGAUAUCCGUCUUCCUCUUCCUCGUCCCGGCCGGCGCCUACGAGGUCGUGACGACGCAGCUCAAGAUCAGCCUGCUCGACGCCCACGGGAAGCCGGUGCCGUCCUACGGCAGCGGAGGUGCGUGGAGGUGCUGCGCCUUCUCCACCAAUCAAGGGUCGUGGGGUUACUCUCGGUUCAUCACCAGGGCUGAUCUCGGGAGAUUAGGUCACGUGUCGUGGGAGAACGGUGGUUUCAGCGUCCAAUUCGAUAUCAUCGUGUCCAAGGAGACUUCCACUGAGUACGUUCCUGUUCGCAUGCUAGUGCCGCCGCCGGAUAUCCUCCAUGAUCUCGGUCAGCUCCUCUCCACCGGUGAAGGGGCCGAUGUCACGUUCGAGGUCGGCGGUGAGAUCUUCGUCGCACACAGGUGUGUCCUUGCCGCUCGUUCCUCCGUCUUCAGGGCAGAGCUUCUGGGUCCAAUGAAGGAGAGCACAUCAAUGUGCGUGCACAUAAAGGACAUGGAGCCAAAUGUAUUCAAGGCAUUGCUUCAUUUUAUCUACACCGAUUCCGUGCCUGAGAUCGACGAUGCUGAUGCACUAAGCAUGAUCCAGCAUUUGCUUGUUGCCGCGGACAGGUACGGCCUCAAGAGACUGAAGUUGACCUGCGAAGAGAAACUAUGCACUUACAUCAACACUAGCACAGUGGCCACUACAGUGGCACUCGCCGAGCAACAUGCUUGUACUACACUCAAGGAGGAAUGCUUCAGAUUCCUCGAGUCAUGUAACAAUAGCAUGCUGGAUCUGAUCACACGGAGUUCUGACUUUGAGCAUCUCGCAAGAAGUUGCCCGUCUAUUAUCAAGGAGCUUAUUCCCAAACUUCCUCGCAAACCCCCUUGUGUAACAAACUAUGGCAACAUGUAA